UUUUUCCCGUUCUUUAUUGGGUCAACCCUACUGACCAUCUGCACCGCAUCCGACAUUAAUUCACAAGUAGCUACACAAUUCGGUCUCGACCCUCACUACCACCCCAUUCUCUCACUCUACCACUCCCAAGACAAGCUGGGUCACUAUGUUUAUGGAUACGCAACGCCUACUGUUGUGAAAAGCGAAAUUUCGGAUAAGGGAGUAACAAGGGGUGGUUACUCUUAUAUAGAUAUAAACGGACAACUGCAAACAGUUGAAUAUGUAGUAGACCCCAUUCAUGGAUUUAGAGUUGCUGCAACCAACUUGCCUCAAGAUGAUCCUGACGUAGCUUUAGCCAAAGCACAACAUAUUGCAGAAUACGCAGCCAUUAAGUCAAAUAAUGAGAAACUUGCAGCUGCUACCGUGGCAUAUUCUAAUCCUGUUGCGGUUCCUAUCGGCGCCGUUCCUGAUAUUUUGCUGCAUCAAGAACUCCCACAACCAGUAACUGAUCUCCCCGAAGUAGUUAGAGCCCGCAGUGAACAUCUAGCCAUUCUCAACGCUGCGUACGCUAGUACACCAGUAUUACCUGUUCCUCCACGACCAGUUCAAGACUUACCCGAAGUCAUUAGAGCGAGAGCAGAACAUUUGGCAGAGGUAGAAAGAAUCAAGCUCAGAAAUGAAGCACUUGCUAGACAAAUAAGCGUAGGAUACGUUCCCGAAAUUGGCGAUGGAGCAGUUGUUCCGAUAAAAACUGUAAUUAAUUCCUAUGUAGCACCGGCUCAAGCAGUGGCACAAACUGCUCAGUAUUCUUACAAUCCAGUUGCCCACGGUGACGGUAAUAACAAUUUGGGGAAAUAUUCAUAUGGAUAUGUAGGACCUCACAGUUCCCACUCGGAAUCAAGAUCCGAAGAUGGAGUUACUAGAGGAGGAUAUUCUUAUAUCGAUGCUAAUGGUAUAUUACAAACAGUGCACUACAUAGCAGAUGCUGAACAUGGUUUUAGGGUAGCUGCUUCAAAUAUACCAGUAGAUCCUUACCACGCAAAAAGAGCGGUGUAUAGAAGAUAA